GCCGGAUGUUGUUGUGAGUCAGGGAGACACGUGAGGCCUCGCUACGUCAUCCGCAGGCAAGCGCGGGGAACAUGGCGGCGGGGCUAGUGAGCGGGAAGAUUAUAUAUGAACAGGAAGGGGUAUAUAUUCACUCGUCUUGUGGAAAGACCAAUGACCAAGACAGCUUAAUUUCAGGAAUAUUACGUGUUUUAGAAAAGGAUGCUGAAGUAAUAGUGGACUGGAGACCAUUGGAUGAUGCACUGGAUUCCUCUAGCAUUCUCUAUGCUGGAAAGGACUCCAGUUCAGUUGUAGAAUGGACCCAGACCCCAAAAGAAAGAGCUCAUCGAGGAUCGGAACAUCUGAACAGUUAUGAAGCAGAAUGGGACAUGGUUAAUACAAUUUCAUUUAAAAAGAAGCCACAUACCAAUGGAGAUGCUCCAAGUCAUAGAAAUGGGAAAAGCAAAUGGUCAUUCCUGUUCAGUUUGGCAGACCUGAAAUCAAUCAAGCAAAGCAAAGAGGGUAUGGGCUGGUCGUAUUUGGUAUUCUGUCUGAAGGAUGACGUCGUCCUCCCUGCUCUGCACUUUCAUCAAGGAGAUAGCAAACUACUGAUUGAGUCUCUUGAAAAAUAUGUGGUAUUGUGUGAAUCAUCACAAGACAAAAGAACACUUCUUGUCAAUUGUCAGAAUAAGAGUCUUUCACAGUCUUUUGAAAAUCUUCUUGAUGAACCAGCAUAUGGCUUAAUACAAGUAGGCCUGCUAGACAGAAGAAAGCUGUUGUGGGCCAUUCACCACUGGAAAAAAAUUAAAAAGGAUCCUUAUACAGCAACUAUGGUAGGAUUUUCGAAAGUUACAAACUACAUUUUUGAUAGUUUGAGAGGCAGUGAUCCCUCUACACAUCAACGACCACCUUCAGAAAUGGCUGAUUUUCUUAGUGAUGCGAUUCCAGGUCUGAAGAUAAAUCAGCAGGAGGAACCAGGAUUUGAAGUCAUCACAAGAAUUGAUUUGGGAGAACGACCUGCCGUUCAGAGGAGAGAGCCAGUAUCACUGGAAGAAUGGACCAAGAACAUUGAUUCUGAAGGAAGAAUUUUAAAUGUUGAUAAUAUGAAGCAGAUGAUAUUCAGAGGGGGUCUUAGUCAUUCAUUAAGAAAGCAAGCAUGGAAAUUUCUUCUGGGUUAUUUUCCUUGGGAUAGUACCAAAGAGGAAAGAACGCAGUUACAAAAACAAAAAACUGAUGAAUACUUCAGGAUGAAACUGCAGUGGAAAUCUGUCAGCGAGGAACAAGAGAAGAGAAAUUCAAGGUUAAGAGAUUAUAGAAGUCUUAUCGAAAAAGAUGUUAACAGAACGGAUCGAACAAAUAAAUUUUAUGAAGGCCAAGAUAAUCCAGGAUUAAUUUUGCUUCAUGACAUUUUGAUGACCUAUUGUAUGUAUGAUUUUGAUUUAGGAUAUGUGCAAGGAAUGAGCGACUUACUUUCCCCUCUAUUAUAUGUGAUGGAAAAUGAAGUGGAUGCAUUUUGGUGCUUUGCCUCUUACAUGGACCAAAUGCAUCAAAAUUUUGAAGAACAAAUGCAAGGCAUGAAGACCCAGUUAAUUCAGCUGAGUACCUUACUUCGAUUAUUGGACAGUGGAUUUUGUAGCUACUUAGAAUCUCAGGACUCUGGAUAUCUCUAUUUUUGCUUCAGAUGGCUUUUAAUCAGAUUUAAAAGGGAAUUUAGUUUUCUAGAUAUUCUUCGGUUAUGGGAGGUAAUGUGGACUGAACUACCAUGUAAAAAUUUUCACCUUCUUCUCUGUUGUGCUAUCCUGGAAUCAGAAAAACAGCAAAUAGUGGAAAAACAUUAUGGCUUCAAUGAAAUACUUAAGCAUAUCAAUGAAUUGUCCAUGAAAAUUGAUGUGGAAGAUAUACUGUGCAAAGCAGAAGCAAUUUCCUUACAGAUGGUAAAAUGCAAGGAAUUACCACAGGCGGUUUGUGAGAUCCUGGGACUCCAAGACAGUAAAGUUAUAACACCAGAUUCAGACACUGGUGAAGAUGAAAAUGUUUGCAUCACUUGUCCUACGUCUGCAUUUCAGAGUAACACCUUGCCCGUCCUUGCUGCCAGCGAUGCCAAAGAGGACAGCCAGACACAGACAUUAAUGUCCCCAAAUGCCAGCAGAUUAACACCUGCAUGAUCAUUUGUCUUACUUUUUUUUUUCUUUUUUUUUUAAGAGAUGCUUUGUUGCAACUCCUUUUUAAGUAUGUGAAAGGUGGACAUUUACAAUCUGGUAUUGAUCAUGCUUUAAGGUUUAUGGAAAGACAGUGUACUGAUGUUCUUGCAUUAAAGCUUUACAAAGUUUUAAACUAAUUAUUUUUGUAGUUACUUAUACCAAAUAGCCUUUCCUUUUCAAUAACAUUCCUUAGUAUUUUUAUAGCCAAGUACAUUUUAUUUUGUUGCUGAUAAACUGGAAUUGGACAAGUAUUAUAAGUGAAUGCUUUGGAAAUUAUGCACUUUGAAAAACAUUCACUUUGUUUACUCUCUAGUGGGCUUUGGGUUUGAUUAAAUUAAAUGUUUAGCCUUUAUAAUAGCUUCCUAAGCUGAGAAGUAGAUUGUUACCCAGUGAUGAAAUAAAAAAUAUAAGCGAUUUUUUUUCUAUUGUUUACAACAAUAUUCAGCUUAAAUAUUUAUGCUGGUUGAAUGUGGUUUAAAUUGGACAUUUUCACCAGUUCAUUUAAUAUGUAGAUAAAGAACUAUUUCGACCAUAGCGAGUGGAUUGGUGAUAUAUUUUUUACAAUGAAAUUUUCUUCACUUGUAUAUGGACUAUAUAUAAGCACUAUUUAUGAGUAUAAGAAAGAAUAGUCAUAUUUUCUUUAACUGAAUAAACUUGACUAUUGAUUUAUAUAACCUGAUUCAACAAAAUUAAUACAUGGCUUCAAUGUGAGAUCUUUUUCAAAACUAUUUUCUUAACAUUUAUUUAAUGAGACUAUGUUUAACCCUAUCUAUACUUGGUAUAAUUUUUAAAUUAAUUACUGUAACCUCACUUUACUAAUAAUGUUUAUUAUCUUUCCUAAUAAUGCAUUAACUGGUUAAUCAAAUCUUUAAAUUUUUAUAAAAUAUUCUUUGCAGAAAGCUUAUGUCAAAAAUUUCAAGACACUGUCAUGAGUCUCAAAGUAAUAUUUUUUGUAUAUGAAUGAAGCUGUUUUUGCCAUGCAGUACUGCAUGAUUUUUAAGUUAAGUGGAAUUAGCAUAACUGAUUCCUUUUUAAUUGUAAUUUGUAAACUCCUGUACAUAUCAUUAAAAUAAAUUCAAAGCUGCAA